AUGAACGAGCUGCUGAUCCGGUCCAAGAGCGGCAUCAAGCUCUACACAUUCGAGCGCAACGAGGGCAACGAGUACGCCGGGAAGGUGACCUUCGAGUACGAGGGGUGCAUCCACGACGCCAUCUGGUCGUGCGAUGGGAGCUCCUUCCUCAUCCUGCAUUCCGUGGAGGGGCUGCUCCUCAUAUCUAACUACGCAGACAGAGCCAACAUACGGGUUAGUAAAAUCACCUGCACGUUCAGGUACAAGGAGCUCUUCACCGACGAUCACGUGAAGCUAAUUAAACAUGUACAGUGGUCCCCAAGCAAUAAAUUUGUCGUUUUUUUUUUCCCUUUUGAGGAGAAGCAUUUCAUUUCCAUUGGGAAUUUGCUCCUUUUCAGUGUGCAGCAUACGAGGGUGCUCUGCUCCUUUAAGAUAAGAAAAAAGAUUUGUAGCAACUGGCCCAUCAUCCACUUCACCCCAGAGGAUAGGUACUUUUUCCUGGAGAAAAAAUCUAGCCUUUAUGUGUAUGAUACUCUCCAGUUGGUCCAAACAAACUCGGAGGUUCUGCACAAUUUGGCCAGCGUAGACAUCCCUAGGAAUUACCUUUUCACAUGGCACCACCCGAAUGUCAUAGCUAUGUAUGUGUCCCCCUACGUGGGAGAUGACCACGCAAGGUACUUUAUUGUGCACACGAAGAGUAACUUUUUGGGGGAUGUAUACGUGUAUAAGAUAGAGGGCGAAAGUGAAAGCGGCCCACCGGAAAGGAACGUCUGUCUGGAUUUGCUCAUCCGAAAAAGCUUCGUUAAUUUGGAUAAUCUCCACUGCAUGUGGUCUCUCAGUGGGAAGCACGUCAUCCUGAUGGUGUAUACGAAUGAUACCACAAACAAGUCAUAUGGCUACGUAAGCAACUGCUAUUACUUCUCCCUCAGUGGUAGACACUUGGGGAUGAAGAAGGUAAACGAAAGCGUCGCGCAAGAUGUCAAGUGGAGCCAAACAAGUGACGACUUCCUCCUGAUCGAAGGAAAAUCGGAUAACUCCAUUUUUCUAUACGAUCAUAAUUUGAAUGUAAAAUUGAAGAUCACCUCGCAGUACAAAAACACCAUCAAGUGGUGCCCCUUUGGGAAUAUGAUUGCCCUUGGGGGGUUUGGGAAUUUGGCAGGGGACAUUAGUUUUUACUUCAAAGAGAAGGACGACUCGGUCAUCCUAAUUAAGCAGUACAGGGAGCCUUGCACUGUCCUCUGUGAUUGGUCUGCAGAUGGGACUCUCUUCAUGACUGCUUCAACUUACCCCCGGAUGAAGGUAGAAAAUACUUUUAAAAUUUACACCUACGAGGGGAACCUGGUGAACAGUUAUAAUUUCAAUGAGCUUUACGACGUGCAGUGGAAGAGGGUCCCCCCGGGGCUCCUCUCCGAGCCGCCUAAGCCGCAGGCCAACCUCAAGGACAGCAAGCGCAGCGUCUACAAGAUUAGGUGCGUCAACGUGGAGGGUACCAGCGGGAUAAGCGGCGUGAGCGGAGUAAGCGGCGGAGUGGGCAGCGGAAACAACGUUAGCAGCGGAAACGCCUCGGAGCCCCUGGACGAAGCCUCCUUUAAGAAAACCAGGGUGGGCGCCGAAGCAGGCGAGAAGGACCGGGCUAAGAUGGGCAAGGCCGCGGUGGCCCCCCCCGUGCCCGCCCCCAGCAGCGCGCAGGCGGCGGCCGCGGCGCUCGGCAGGAAGAAGAAGGCGGAGAAGGCGGGCAACGCCUACGACUGGGAUGUGGACUGGAGAAACAAAGCAGCCUCAGGGGCGACGGGAGCGGUAGGAGUGGCACCAUCGGUAGCAGUGUCAGCAGCGGGAGGAGUGCCAUCAGCGGGAGGAGUGCCAUCAGUGGGAGGAGUGCCAUCAGUGGGAGGAGUGCCAUCAGUGGGAAAAGUAAAUUUGGGGGCCCCCCCCACCGGAGUUACAGGGGCCACCGGCCUGCCCGUCGUCAGCAAUGUUUGCGGCAACGUGGGCAGCAUGGGGAGCACCGGUAGCCUCGGCAACGUCAGCCUCAGCAACGUCAGCCUGGGGAAGCCCCCAGAGGAGAAGCACGACCAGGCAGCCGCCCUCCACGUGGAAAAGAAGUACAUGGAUGCCUGCGCUGUGGGCGGCAUGGUGAGCGGUGUGGUGAGCGGCGUGGUGGACGCCGCGGUGGACGGCGCGGGUGGCGUGAUGGAAGGACGCAAGGAGGACCACUCCGCGGAGGGGGGGCCCUGCGCAGAUGGCGCGAGCGGCGCCGACGCGCGAGCGGCAGAUGAUAAGAAGAAGCAGAAGAAGAAGAAAAAGGAGGAGAAGGAAAAAGAAAAGGAGAAGGAGAAGGACCCCAGCGUGAAGCUCCAGAGCGAUGCGCACAAAGGCAGCGGCACCCCGAAACAGGUCGCGGCCAACAGCUGGGCCAGCCCCCGCCCAGGUCAGAGCAUCCAGGAUGGGACCAGCCUACUCUACUACAUGAGCAGGAGCAACAUGGGGGUGGGAAUGCCCCCAGGCGGCUUUCCCUCAGGUGGCUUCCCCGCAAAUGGAUUUCCCCCAAACGGUUUAGCGCUUAAUGGCUUCCCCCCAAACAGCUUUGCGCCUAAUGGAUUCCCCCCUAACAGCUUUGCGCCUAAUGGGGGGCCGCCCGGAGACUGGAACGAGCCAGAAAGGCAACCCCCCAAAGGAGAACCAUUAGAAGUGGGGCAAUUCCAAAUGGGGAAAGGCGACGGGCAGGAGAAACACUCGGCGGAGGUGCUCCCAAACGAUGAGAAGGACGCAGACCAGGAUAAGAAGAGGAAAAAGGAAAAGAAAAAUAAAAAGAAGAAGGGCGAGGCUUCUAGCGGAGGCAACGAGAAUGGCGUCGUUGGCGCCGGCGCGUUGGCUGGGGAGGACAAGGGGGCCCCGCAGGCGGUGGGAACUGCGGCCACGGCGGCGGCCUCUGCGGCGACGACGCAGGCGGUGGUGCCCCCCCACGAAACCGCCAAAAGUGACGCCGCCAAAGGCGAAGCCCCGAGCGCCAACACCUUCACGAGCUUCCUGUCCAAAAUCAUGCAGCACAAGGCGGACGCGCCCCCCAGUGAGCGGUACCCAAAUGGGGGCUACCCGAAUGGAUGCUACCAGAGUGGAAGCCACCCCAAUGGACGUACCGACAGCGCUCCACAUGCUGAACCCGUGGCUAACAAAAAUGGCCCCGCACUUAACAGUAACGGUCACCCCGUGGUCGGCCACAACAAGGAGGGAAGCAACACCCACCCCCAGAGGAGUAGCGACGCCCUUCAUGGUGACCUGUAUGGCCUCCCCAAAAGUGGUGCCAAUAAGAACAGCGCAACGUCCUCUCCACCGUAUCAGCCCCAUUUUAACCCCCUCGCGAAUGGGGCACUACUACCCAUGCAGAGUGGAAACUCCCCCCUGCUUAAUCACCUGUCGGGGGUAAAGCACAGACUUCAAGGUAGCAGUCACCAUCCGCAAGGAACAGACGGACCUUCACCAAAUGAAAACGUCCCAAAUGGAGGGAUGUACCUCAGCGCAUUCCAACACCAAAGCUACGGUGAUGUUAGUAAAGGCGGUGCGAACCAGAGCAGCCAUCUGUACAUGUCAAAUCAGCAAGGGAAAGCGUUCUACGCAUCUGCAUUUGUAGAGAGGGGAAGCAACGAAGGACCCAUUAACGAUUCGUCUUCUAACGAGGCACACCCGAGUAAUGGCUCGAAUGAACUGUCUAGAGGGGGUAGUACCCCUCGUGCUCCCCCAGGAAGUAAGAAGUCAAAUGAAGAUUUGCUAAGUUUAUUUAAAAGGGUGCUACCCCACGCAACCGUUAACAUUGUUCCGAAGAAUCAGCACCUUAGCAGCAGUAGUGGUGGUAGCGACUCCAUGUUGAAUGCCCCAGGGGGACAUCCCCUUAUUGGCAGUGUGCACCAUGUGGAGUCGGCACAGACGAAUCCGCGAAGGAACCUCAUGGAGGCAAUGCGAAAUGAUUAUGAGCAGCAAAUGGGCUUCAAACGGGAGCACCAAGAAGUGGGGGCGAUGGCCCCGUCGAACGAGCACCUCGGAAGGGACGAGGGGGGCAAGCCCACACACGGGGGUGGCGGCGGUGUUGGCGGCGGUAUCGGCGGCGGCAUCGGCGGCGGCAACAACAGUGGUGGUAGCGGCAGUGGCAGUGCCUACGCCCAGCGCGGAAAAGAAAUUCACAACAAAGACCUGGCGACCGCGAUGAUCAUGAGGAUGAAGCUGAAGGAGGAACAACCAAGCGAAGGCGGCAACCCCCCCAGUAGCAACAGAAUGAUGGUGGUGCCCACCUCGAGGGAACACUCCAUUCCAGCCAGCAUCAAGUCCCAUCUGUGUAGCUUGGACCUCUGCGAACUGCUAAAGUGCUACCACUCUCUAAACGUGCAAAUCAUUCAACUGAAACUGUAUUGGAUUUACCACAAAAUUCAAGCGUAUGACUCUGGAGGGAAUGGAGGAGGCAACAACGCCACGGAGCUGAUGAGUAAAGAAAAGAAAAUCGUCGCCAAGGUGAAGGAGAUGAAGACCCUCCUAGACUAUGCCAACGAUCUGGUGAAAAGCACAUUUCAAAAAAAUAAAAAAAAAUAUGAAAUUCUGAUUCAUCAGUUUACGGUUAUUCUGAAGCAGCAUGAUCAUCUGUACCAACAGAAGAAAGAGAAGAUCAUGAGGGACCACUCGGACAAGGAGCCCAUUGUGCACUUCAUUUGUAAUAUUGAUAGAAUUGUGCAUAGGUGUGUAGCAGCCAAUGGGGAGGAGCCUCUCUGUUCGUCUCCCUCUUUUAGGGGAACCCAUCAGCCCCUCGCCAGCGUCGACGCUCGGGGGGAGGUCAUCCCGUUAGGCGGUAUGCAAAGCGGCAAUAUAAGCGGCAACCAAAGUGGCUACGCUGGGGGCUACGCUGGAGGCUACUCGAACAGCGUGAGGAAGACUCCACCCCCCAUGGAUCUGCAACACAAGCUGCUCAUGCAAAAGCUGAGCGAGCAGGGCAGGCACCCCGAGGGGCUCUACGACGAACGAAAUUUGAACCAAAACAAAAUAACUCUCGCCGAUUACCAAAGAAAUUAUCUUUUGAAUGCAAUUGGAGGGGGGAAAGACGAGCAGGCGAUGAAUUUCCUAAAACGCAGUGGCGGGAACGGUGAGCAGGGGGCAGCUGCUUCCCUUGAGAUUGCCUAUGCGGAUGAGCAGGAGGACAAGAAGAACAGCCCGUUGGGGAGAGCGGGAGGGUACGAGGCCGCCAGCAGGGGGAGCAUGUACCUUCGGGACGCCCAGAGUAUGGAGGCCUUUCCCCUCGACGGCCACAGCGGAAGCGGCAACCACAGCGGCAACCACAGCGGCGGUGGCAAUAUCAGCAGCGCGUGCGCCUCGCCCCUGCUCAACCGGAUCAACAAGGCGCUGCUCAACAAGCCGGGCAAGGAGGACGGCGCGCAGGACCGCGAGGGCGCCAAGGACCUGCCGGACAACUACGGCCUGCUGGAGCUUUUGAGGAAGAAAAAGCUGAUGGAGCUGCAGGGCGGCCUGCAGAGCGGCCUGAACAGCGGAAUGCAAAGCGGCAUGCAGAGCGGCUUGCAAAAUGGCCUUCAGAGCGCCCUUCAUGGCGGCCUGCUCGGCAGCCUGCGCGCCGCCUCCCAGGGGAGGGACGACCACAUGGACGCCGGCCCCAUGCUGCGCAAAGCCCACCAGGGCGCGCUGGAGGGCAAGAGCGUGCUGCACGCGGCUUCCAAGGAGGAGCACCAGCAGCACCCGCAGCAUGGGCGGCAUCAGCAGCAACAGCAGAUGGGCCCCCCCCCGGCAGACCACCUAAAUUACUACUUUCAAAAUGCGCAGGCGGACCAAACCGCCUUUACAAGUCAGGCGAAACACGAGUCAAACUCGCAAAGUCAUUCCGAUCGAGUGAAAACCCAAGUGGACAUGAUGAUCCCCCCGAUGGGCGAGACAAUGAAGCAGGACGCGCAUGGAAACAAGCAGCAGCAACAGUACGCCCCGCCAAAGGACUACAUCCAUUUUAGCGAUUACAACUCUUUUGUGAAGAGCGCCAGUAUGAACCCUAGCGGGGUUCUGGUCAACUCGCAAGAGGAAAUCUCCGCCCAGAAAGAAGGCGAGCAAAGCAACGGGGGAGGCGCACCCGGAGCAGUGGGCGGCUCUGUGGGCGGCGCCGUAAACGACCAGAGGACCUCUGGAACGCAACCGGCGCAAAUGGUCUGCAAAAUUCCCAGCAUUUACAAAACGAGUAGCACCAAUAAAAGUAUGAACAGUUCAGGUGAAAAGAAGAAUGCAACGUAUAGCCUUUUCGAGAUGGAGGAAGCCAAACGUCCAGAUGCCUUGCGAGACAAAUGUUGGCAGUACGUAGACCCCAAGGGAGUAGUGCAGGGACCCUUCUUCCUCGACGAGAUGCGGAUUUGGAGCGAAAUGGGGUACUUCGAGCCGAUGCUGCCCGUCCGCUGCUGCGACUCCGACCGCUUUGUCGCCCUGAAUAAGCUCUUCCCCCCCCCGCACAAGCCCUUCACCAUCAUCCCGAAGCCGCAGCCCAUCCUGCAGUGGGACGAGGAGUUGUAA